AUGCCCGGCCGCCUGCUGCGGGGCCUGCGGCAGUGGUGGCGCAGCUACCGGUACCGCUUCGUACCUUGGAUCGCGCUGAACAUCAACCACAACCCCAGGACCCGCCGGGACGUCCCGGGGAAGCGCGAAGACAAAGUGCUCGCGGACGCCGAGGUCCUGGCGGCGCUGCUGCGCGUCUUCCGGGCGCUGCUCGCCCACGACCUGCCCCGCCAGCGGGAGGUGCUGGCGGCGCUCCCGGAACCGGUCCGGUCCGCGUACCGACACCUGCUGCCGGCCCCGCCGCACGCCCGGAGCCCGGAAGACGUUCUCCUCCAGACGCUGGGCUUCAGCGUCGCCCGCGCCGCCAGCUCGCUGGUGUCCGCCGGAAGGGGCGUCUUCGUCACCAGGGGGCUGGCACCCAGGGGCGCCGUGGUCUCCAUGUACCCCGGUACAGUAUAUCAGAAAUAUGAGCCAGUCUUUUUCCAGUCGAUUGGAAAUCCAUUUAUUUUUAGAUGCUUGGAUGGCGUACUCAUUGAUGGAAAUGACAAGGGAAUAUCGAAAGUCGUGUACAGAUCUUGCAGUGGAAGGGACCGACUGGGCCCUUUAAGAAUGAGUGACAGCACUUGGCUGACAUCGGAAAUUCAGAACCCUCUGGCGGUAGGCCAGUAUGUCAACAACUGUUCCAAUGACAGACCAGCCAACGUCUGCUAUCAGGAGUUCGACGUGCCCCCGAGUUUCCCUGUGGAACUGAAGCAGUACCUCCCCAACACCACCUACAGCUGCGCCCAGCAAAGGCCCCUGCGCUGUGUUGUCCUCAUUGCUCUCAGGGAUGUCAGCCAAGGAGAAGAGCUUCUCUCCAACUACUACACCAUUGUCCGCUGA